AUGAUUCUGAACUUUCGAAAUUUCGAACCCCCUAUUUGGAAAUCCUGGAGACGCCACUGCUUGAAAGCAUACGUCUCUGAAGAGCAAGAAAGGGAAAGAUUACGUGAUCAGAGAGAGAGGGAAGAAUUAGAGAGAAAUAUCAAAGAAAGGGAUGCGGCUCGAACAAGGAAGCUAACAUUGCGAAAUUUGGCAAAGGAGGAGGAAAAGGAAGAUGAUAUUGGAGCACUAAGAAUUGUUUUGAGACAAGAGUACUUGAAGAAAAGGGUGGAAAAGAAGUCGGAAGAGCUUGCAGAUGAGAUAGAAGAUGAGCAGAACAUGUUUGACAGUGUUGAGGUGACUGAAUCAGAGCGCUGUGAAUUCAGGUUCAAACAGGAUCUUUAUGACCUGAUUGUCCAAAAUAGUAUGAAAGAUGAUGGCAGUGAGUAUAAAAUGCCGGAUGCAUAUGAUCUUGGAGUCAACCAGAAGAAAAGGUUUGCUGUCGCUUUACAGAAUUCCAGAGAUGGUGAAUCAAAAAGUAAGAAGAUGAAUCCGUUCGCUGAACAAGAACAAUGGGAGCAGCACCAGAUGGGAAAAUCAACCCUUAACUUUGGUUCUAAAAACAAAAGCAUGAAAGCAAACAGAUAUGAAUAUGUCUUCGAAGAUCAAAUUGAGUUUAUAAACACGGGUGUAGUAAAAGGAGAAAAAAUUGAGCCUGAUUUGGAGAAAUUUGAGUCUUUGAAGCUUAAGGAAGGUCUAUGCCUACAGAGAUGAAUUACUGAAUGCUGUCCGAGAUCACCAGGUGCUCAUAAUUGUCGGUGAGACUGGUUGUGGGAAGACGACUCAAAUACCACAGUAUCUGCACGAAGCUGGAUAUACAAAAGUUGGAAAAGUUGGAUGUACUCAACCUAGGAGAGUUGCAGCAAUGAGUGUCGCUGCUCGUGUUUCCAAAGAAAUGGGUGUGAAACUCGGGCAUGAGUUAGGCUAUUCCAUUCGUUUUGAAGAUUGUACAUCUGAGAAGACGAGUAUUAAGUAUAUGACAGACGGUAUGUUGCUCCGUGAAUUCCUUGGUGAACCAGACCUUUGUAGUUACAGUGUUAUCAUGUUGGAUGAAGCACAUGAGAGGACUGUUACUACAGACAUAUUAUUUGGUUUGGUCAAGGAUGUUGCUCGCUUUCGACCUGACUUGAAGUUACUCAUCUCAAGUGCAACUCUUGAUGCUGAGAAGUUCAGUGAUUAUUUUGAUUCAGCCCCACUAUUCAAGAUUCCGGGGAGGCCUUAUGAGGUCAAGAUACACUUCACCAAGGCACCAGAGGCUAAUUAUUUAGAUGCCGCGAUUGUCUCUGCGCUCCAAAUACAUGUCACAGAACCACCUGGUGAUAUUGAUGUUUCUCACAGGACAAGAAGAAAUUGAAACAGUAGAGGAGAUAUUGAAGCACAGGACUAGGGGCCUCAGAACGAAGAUUGCUGAACUCAUCAUAUGCCCCAUUUAUGCCAACCUACCGACACAUCUGCAGAACAAGAUAUUUGAACCUACUCCCGAAGGAGCACGCAAGGUUGUGUUGGCCACAAACAUUGCAGAGACAUCUCUAACGAUCCAGGGGAUCAAAUAUGUUAUAGACCCGGGAUUUGUCAAGAUAAAAUCAUAUAAUCCAAGAACAGGGGUGGAGUCAUUGUUGGUUAAGCCAAUCUCCACGGCAUCAGCAAACCAACGUGCAGGUCGGUCUGGACGAACAGGUCCAGGACUUGUUGAGCUUUGAUUUCAUGGAUCCACCACCAUCUGAAUCAUUAUUGAAAGCUCUUGAGUUGCUUUGUGCACUAGGUGCUCUGAAUAAGCAAGGUGAAUUGACAAAAGUUGGAAGAAGAAUGGCGGAAUUUCCCCU